AUGAACAUUAUACAAGAAAAAAUAGACUUCCUUACAAAGGAUGAAAUUAAAAACAUUGAUUUAUCCAAGUUAAGUAAAAAGGAAAGAUAUAAUAUAUGGAAAAGAUUACCAAAAUGUGAAUUACACUGCCACUUAGAUUUAUGUUUUUCUUCGGAUUUUUUUCUGAGUUGUAUUAGAAAAUAUAAUUUGCAACCUAAUUUAUCAGAUGAAGAGGUUUUAGAUUAUUAUUUAUUCCCAAAAAAAGGAAAAUCAUUAGGUGAGUUCAUUGAAAAGGCAAUAAGAGUAGCUGAUAUAUAUCGUGAUUAUGAAGUAAUUGAGGAUUUGGUUAAACAUGCUGUAUUUAACAAAUACAAAGAAGGUGUUGUACUUAUGGAAUUUCGAUAUUCACCAACAUUUGUCUCAUUUAAACAUAAUCUUGACAUUGAAUUAAUUCAUAAAGCUAUAGUUAAAGGGAUUAAGGAAGUCGUACAAUUGUUAGAUUACAAAAUUCAUGUUGCACUUUUGUGUAUUGGGGACACAGGACAUGAAGCUGCAAAUAUUAAAAAAUCAGCUGAUUUUUGUUUAAAACAUAGAGAAGAUUUUGUAGGAUUUGAUCAUGGAGGGAAGGAAGUAGAUUUAAAACAAUAUAAAGAAAUUUAUGAUUAUGUAAGAGAAAGUGGAAUACCUCUUUCAGUUCAUGCAGGUGAAGAUAUUACUUUACCAAAUUUAAAUACCAUUUAUUCAGCUAUAGAAGUUCUUAAAGUGGAAAGAAUUGGACAUGGGAUUAGGGUAUCCGAAUCACAAGAAUUAAUUGAUAUGGUUAAAGAUAGAAAUAUAUUAUUAGAAAUAUGCCCAAUAUCAAAUGUACUCUUAAGCAAUGUCAAGUCGAUGGAUACGCAUCCAAUUAGACAAUUGUACGACGCAGGAGUCAAGGUCUCUGUUAAUUCGGAUGACCCAGGAAUGUUCAUGACAAAUAUUAAUGAUGACUAUGAGGAGUUGUACACUCAGUUGAACUUUAAGCUCGAAGAUUUUAUGAAGAUGAAUGAAUGGGCCUUGGAAAAAUCUUUCAUGGAUUCCAACAUAAAGGACAAAGUAAGGAACCUUUACUUUUAG